GAAGGGACGUACGCGUUCACGUUUCCGCGCGCCCGGCAGCAAAGCGAGACAUUAGCGAGACCAGCACAGAACAGUGCGAAAAAUUCAGCGAAAGCUAGUCCAGACAGAGCUUCCUCCUGACUCGAGCGCGUUUUGUGGAGGAAGUUGUCUCCAAGCGCACCGACGUGCACGGAGAGGUGGUGAUUUUUUUUGCACAAUUGCACCGAAUUUGCACGACUGGGCGGCUGAAGUUUGAGUGAUUGAGGACUUUUUCCGUUUUUGGUUUAGGGAGCAGCACGUCGUGCCACACGGGGAGGAGAGGAGAGAGGGCAGAAGUUUCCGCUGGUUUGUUUUGUCGCUGCGCGGCUGGUAAAUCCGCAGGAAUGUCGCAGAAGGAGAGACCCACUUUCUACCGACAGGAGCUCAACAAAACCGUGUGGGAGGUCCCGGAGCGGUACCAGAACUUGUCUCCCGUCGGCUCCGGUGCUUACGGAUCCGUAUGUUCGGUGUAUGACGUGAAGACAGGCCUGAAGAUAGCAGUUAAGAAGUUGUCCAGACCCUUCCAGUCCAUCAUCCACGCAAAGAGAACCUACAGAGAGCUGCGGCUGCUCAAACACAUGAAGCACGAGAAUGUGAUUGGUCUAUUAGACGUUUUCACACCAGCAACAAGCUUAGAGGAGUUCAAUGAUGUGUACUUGGUGACCCACCUAAUGGGUGCAGACCUCAACAACAUUGUUAAGUGUCAAAAGCUGACUGAUGACCACGUCCAGUUCCUCAUCUACCAGAUUCUCAGAGGCUUAAAGUACAUCCAUUCUGCAGAUAUCAUCCACAGAGACUUGAAGCCCAGUAAUCUGGCUGUGAAUGAAGACUGUGAGCUCAAGAUCCUGGAUUUUGGUUUGGCACGGCACACAGAUGAUGAGAUGACGGGCUACGUAGCCACGCGGUGGUACCGAGCCCCAGAGAUCAUGCUCAACUGGAUGCACUACAACAUGACAGUGGAUAUCUGGUCGGUGGGCUGCAUCAUGGCUGAACUACUUACUGGACAGACGCUCUUCCCUGGCACAGACCACAUUGAUCAGUUGAAGCUUAUAAUGAUGCUCGUCGGAACCCCAGGGCCUGAGCUCUUGAUGAAAAUCUCUUCGGAGUCUGCGAGGAACUACAUUAACUCACUUCCCCACAUGCCCAAGAGGAACUUUGCUGAUGUGUUUAUUGGUGCCAACCCUCUUGCGGUGGACUUGCUGGAGAAAAUGCUGGUGCUGGACACAGACAAACGGAUCACGGCAUCUGAAGCUCUGGCCCACCCCUACUUUGCCCAGUACCACGAUCCAGACGACGAGCCCGAAGCGGAGCCUUACGACCAGAGCUUUGAAAGCCGCGAGCUGGAAAUUGAGGAAUGGAAGAGGUUAACCUAUGAGGAGGUAGUAAGUUUCGAGCCGCCGUCGUUUGAUGGAGACGAGAUGGAAUCCUGAGGAGGAGGCAUCUUUUCUUCCAUCUUUUUGUUUUCCAAGAAACACUCUUUAAGGACUAUCAGUCUCUUGUGACUAUCCACCACUUUCUAAACACACACACACACACACACACACACACACACACACACAAAACCAUGACAUUCAAGUGCCUGCCAUCAUUCAUCUCCGGGCGACGUUGUUUAAUCAGGGAUAAGACUUGACAUCCUGUUCCUUCUGUCCCCCACUUUGCUGUUUUUAUUACUAUAUGUAUCCCAAGGCACCAAGGUAGACUUUAAAUUGUCCUUAUAUUUUUAGUGAGUUUCUAACUGCGGUAUGUCUAAAGUUUAUCUUUCCUCCACACAUUAAAAUGAAAUCUUAUUUCAGUCAUCACAUAAAACUGCUUAAAUAUGACAAACAGUAUUUGUACAUAAGUACUUCUCUCAAACCAGUUACCGUAUUUGUGUAAUAGUCAUUAUUGCUGAGUCGCACCUCAGCCGACACCUUUGACAUUAUGAAUUUUCUUACUAGAGUUUAGCCUAAAAUGACAUAAAAAGAUACAGUAUGUGAUUUAAUACAAGUAUGUAUAGGAUAGGAUAGAAUAUAAAAUAUUUAACUCUACAAAUUCAAGGCUUCAUAUUUCGUAUUUUUGGAUUUGAAGGCUUACAGUGUCCCUUUUUUAACCAAAAUAUGAGUAUGGAGACUCAGCUUAUGUAUCCAUUUCACCUGCUGAACAUUAGUUUCUACUCUUUUCUCCAUAUCAAUUAUUCUUUUAGCAUUUCCGUUCUAUUGUUUCAGAAGAAUGUUACAGUCCCCAUUAUCACAAUCUACACUUUUGCAUGAUAAAGCCAGAUGUGGCUUAUUUGUUUAUUGAAAUGUGAUGUUUCCCACCAUAACACCAACUGACAAUGUACUUUAAUCAUUGCAUUUAUAAAAGCACAGUUCUAUUAAUGUUUAUUGAAUGUUGGGGACACCAGUCUGUCCUGUAUUUAUGAUCUUUUGUUAUGUUGUUUGUAUAUCGAUGUAAAAGAGAAUAUUAUUUGUCAGAAUUUAAGGUUCUUUUUAUUAUUUAUGGAAAGCAUACUGUAUCAGAAACCAAAUGCAUCGUCCGUAAUCUCAAAUGUCUGUUUAGCCGCAGUGACUGCAGUUACAGCUUGUGUAUCAGAGCCAACAUUAUUAAAGUGUUGCGGACAACCAUAUAGUUUUCAUCAGUUUGAUCAACUGCUUAUUUUUGGAGUUGUUUCAUUUCAUUUUUUUCUUUAGUUUUAAGCCAUUCUUAAGCAUUUCUUUUUUAUUUUCCAUGAGGUACUGCCCUCCAAAAGUGUCCUAAUUCUUAAAAGAAAUUCAACAAAAAACAUCUAAGCAAAAAUAUGUAUUACAACUAUGUCCACAUUUUGUAUUGACAUACAAACCACUAAACCGUAGUCUCCUAGUUCUGAAGUGUACUACAAACAUUUAUUGAAACAAAUUUUGAACUAUUUUAGGAGUCAAAUUACCUUGUGACAUACAAGCUGUAACCACAGUUCCUCUGGCUAAUGUCAAACAUCAGUGUCUUCACAAUUUCAUUUGCAGCAGCUAGUUUUCACGUAGUGCUUUUUCUAAUGUAUUAUUUUUUCCUUUUUGUGUUAAAUCAAGAUUGGAUGUUAUUCUGUGAUUCUUUUAAUAUUGAUUUUUUUUUUUUUUGCGUAAUGCUAGAACUGUACUUAUUCAUUUGAAUAAUUUAGCAGGGCACAUGUUUGUGGAAAAGAGUGUAAGUUUACUCACUGGAUGCUGAAGGGCAAUGCUGAAGCUUCAUUCUUUGUAGUUUUAAAACAACGGCAUACAUUAGAUAGGAUAUUUAUCUUUUUUCCAUAUCCAAAUGUCAGUAGUUAAUUUGGUUAUGAUGAUGAUGGUGUUCAUAUCUUUUUACUAUGUGCUUUUAUCACAUGUACCAAGACAGCACGCCACUUGUAAAUACCACCAUUAGAAAAUAAAGGCUACUAUUUUUCAAACCUGU